CUGAGCGAGUCAAGAGCAUGGUGCUGCACCUAGCUGUUGCACGGAUGGAUGCUUUCGCAACCCACGUCAUUCGUGAUCCACUCUCAUACUUGGCCUCCAUCCAUGCAGAUCUGCAGGCGCGCACCAUUGCCAGCGAUAGAAAUUCGCUCAGCUUCCUCUUGACACUCAAUUCGAAUCCGUCUGCUUCCCAAGGCAGCAAGCGACUCAAAGCAACUAACGCUCAUCCGAGCGCCCUAGCAAUAUGCCGACCGAUGGAACGUAUUGGCUCAUCUCGGUGCCGCUUCAAGAUGGCGAUCCGCAUCGAAUGCACACAGAGCUGGCCAACGCGGUAUCCAAAGAAUCUCAACAAGGUGCAUCCAUUGGAGACGUGUCUCUACCACCUUUGAAAGCCGGCACGCUCUCUUCCCUCGUCAGCCUUGCAGACACCCUGCCCAAAGCGGUAUCUGCGGGCGAGACGACUCUAAACAAGCUUUUGGAAACGCUGCGAGCGUUGCUCAAUGACGAUCAGGCCGCUCUUGCGCAGCACACGCUCGUCAGGGAAGGAGCUGUGGACAAUUACGUCGUGGGCGGUUGGGCUUGGAAUGCGGCCAAGUAUAGAGUGGAUCAGGAUUUGCACGAUGUUGUAGAAGUCAUCAACAGGGAAUUGACCUCGAUCGAUGCAAUCAACAAGGCCAAAGUGAAUGCAUACAACGCUGCGAAGGGCCAAUUGACUCAGCUGCAGAGAAAGAAGACCGGUAACUUGAGCGUGCGGUCUUUGGCGGACGUCGUGCAUCGGGACGAUUUUGCAGAUCCUCAGUCGGAAUUCUUGGAUACUUUACUGGUGGCGGUGCCGAAGAACAACAUCAAGGACUGGCAAUCCAAGUACGAGAGGCUGGCGCCUAUGGUCGUACCUAGAUCCUCCAAAAAAUUGGCAGCAGACGAGGAAUUUGCCCUUUUCAAUGUCACUGUCUUCAAAAAGACAAGAGACGAGUACAUUCAGAAAGCCAGAGAAAACAAAUUCACAGUGAGGGAAUUUGAAUGGGAUGAAGAGGUGGUCGAGCGGGAAAGACAGGAGCUGGAGGACGCCGGAGUAUCAGAAAAGGAGCUCUGGACUGAAGUGCUCCGAUUGACACGAACAAACUUCAGCGAGGCGUACCAGGCUUUGACUCACCUCAAGGUGGUACGAUCAUUCGUGGAGAGUGUGCUGCGCUUUGGUCUACCAGCAGAUUACUUCGUGGCUGCAAUCAAACCGAACCCAAAGAGGUCAAAAGCUUUGGUAGGCACACUCGCUUCCCACUACGCCCACCUUGCCGCGUACGACAAGAGGCAGUCAAAGAGCAAAAGCGGGGGAGGUGGUGUGAACGACGGAGAAGUCCCCGGAGAGUUCGCUUCUCUCGUCGAGGCGGAGUACUACCCCUUCGUGCUCGAGGAGCUGCCGAUCGUUGCCGGUUCGACUUGAGGUAUGAAAGUUGGCUCUGCAUGCAGCACUAUUCGCCACUCUUCCCUGUUGAUUCCUGCGCAAAUGCAUCAGUGUCAUCCUUUUUACGAACCCAGAACAAGGGCAAGCUGGGAGUCAUGCGAGCAGGAAGACGUGGAGGCGCACAUGAGCGCAUGCGUGACCCAUCAAAAUACUCAUGAACCUGACCCAAAAUCUCUCGCGUACAGCAGGCAGGUCUCACGCUUCAAAUUGUCCACAAGUAUCCGGACAGCAUGCAAGGC